AUGCCUGCGAGCAUUUCCGGUCGACGAAAGGGCAGCAGGGCUACCCGCAGCAAUAAGCCUCCUUUAGCAGCUAGCAAGGCACCGGCAUCUCCUGUUUCCUUGCCAGCUGUUAAAGAAUUGAGCCAUCCUGUGCACCCCGAGCCACAGAAAGAGCUAGGGAUGCAGAAAAAGGCACAGGUUGGAGCCGAGCUUAUCAGAACGCAAAAUGAUGCGCCUUCUAACAAACCGAAUGUUUUUCAAUUCCUUCAGGAAGGCGACUCCUCAUCAACAACCUCCGAAGAUACCGACUCGGAUUCUGAUGGCGACCAGGAAGAGGAAGGGUUACAGGCCCUUGCUCAGUCGCAACUACCGCGAGAUACCAGGGAUGCAAAUUCCUCAUAUCUUAUAUCACCCGAAUCCUCCUUUCGAGCGAGCAGUCCAGAGCAAACAUUUUCCGUUACUUCCAGAGACUCAGUCAUAACUGACCCUACAACAUCUCCCGACGGCUCCCCUGCCACAGCCUAUCUCCGUUUGGCUAAUAGACAGAAUCUUCAAAAGAUUGCGCAAGCGAGAAGUCGACGUGAUAUUGUACAUCAGAGACAAAGCCCGCCGCCCACAGACGAUGAAGACGACGAUGAACAUUCGGAUUAUUCUGUUCCGGAGGACUAUUAUUUGAACGAGCGCAUGCACUACCACCACCAGAAGCAGCAAGAGCAACAACAUCAACAUCGCUCCCAUACAAGCCGGCCACACAUCCACAGACAAAGGAAAAGUCGAGAUCGAAGCCAAAAAUCCAGACGUGACCCAUCAAUAUCCUCGGAAAGAAGCGCAGGUCAACUAGUCAAGACUGAUACUAGCGACAAAAACAAUAAAAUCGUCAAAACAUCCACCGCUGAGCCCAGAUUAUCUUCGGGGUAUGCCCUCUUAGCCUCCAAACUGGAUUCAUCAACAGUCCUCUCGACCACGGAUUCGAAGAAUGGAGACCGUCGACUCGUCCCCGUAUACCGACGAUUCGAGAAUGUCAACCACCGCAUUCUUCUACACUUACAAGACGAAAUUUCGCAGUUAGAGGAAGAACUCCAGAUGAUGGAUGAGUAUGAAGCGAAACAUCGCGUCGCUAUGGCUGAAAAAGAAGGACCGGAACAGCUAGAACCGAGCUCAAGACGGAUGGAUGUAGAAGCGGCUGGGAGAUACUCGGCGUUUCAUGCGCGACGUUUKGAGCUUGUUGAUAGACUUGCGUAUAAGGUCAAUCAGUACAAUGAUGUUCUUACGAAUUACGCCAAGCUAACCCAAAUCCUCCCCAAAGCCUCACCAAAGGAAAUCCAAAUGUACCGCUCCUGGAUGAUUGAACACACCCCCAUCGCCAAAAACGAAACCCGAUUUCUAGAUCAUGACCUAGAUCUGGUUUCCCUCAAAGCCGCAAUCGACGCCAUUCCAGCAGCAGCUGUGCGUGGCGACAGUAGUACUGGCAUCCUCUUUUUCAUAAUCGGCGUGUUAUCGACCGCUUUGCUACUACCGCUUUUGGCUUAUUGA